AUGGCGCUUGUCGAGAACCCCCAGAUCAAGUCGGCGGAGCUCCUGAAGCCCCUGCCGCAGCACUUUCACGCCUACGUCUGGCCUUUCACAUUGAUAUGGCCAAUCUUCCUACGGUACUACCUCACGCCCUCGCUGUACGAGAAGCAUAUCGGAUCGUCUGAAUGGACCUACGUGUGGUGCGGGUCCAUCGUCACGCUCCAGGCACUCGCCUGGCUUAGCACCAACUGGAGCGUCAACCUGAAGGCGAGGUUCACUGCGUCGCGAGUAAAAUCCAUCCAAGAUGCGCAGCUUAUCAAGGUCAUCCCCGCCGCGAACGCCGGCGCCGCCGAUAUCUGCACCCUGAUUCGGGAAAAGGUCGGAGACAAGACCAACGUGUCCUUCCUCUUCCAGAAGCGCCGGUUCCUCUACGACGAAAGUCGCAAAACCUUCAGCACCCUCGACUACGCCAUUGACGCCGACCCCAAACCCGCCAUCGGCGAUUUCCAAAAGUCGAGAGGCAUCACGAGCAAGGCCGAAUUGACGCGCAUCGAGCAGCACUACGGAACCAACACCUUCGACAUUCCCGUCCCCACCUUCACCGAGCUGUUCCGCGAACACGCCGUCGCGCCCUUCUUCGUCUUCCAGGUCUUCUGUGUCGGUCUGUGGAUGCUCGACGAAUACUGGUACUACUCGCUCUUCACCCUCUUCAUGUUGGUCGCCUUCGAAAGCACUGUUGUCUGGCAGCGCCAGCGGACCAUGAACGAGUUCCGAGGCAUGAGCAUCAAGCCGUACGACAUGUGGGUUUUCAGAUUGGGCAAGUGGACCGAGAUCCAGAGUGACAAGCUUCUCCCUGGAGAUCUCGUCUCUGUCGGCCGUACCAAGGAUGACUCUGGUGUCGCUUGCGAUAUGCUUCUUGUUGAAGGAACUGCCAUCGUCAACGAGGCUAUGCUUUCCGGUGAAAGCACCCCUCUUCUUAAGGAUUCCAUCCAGCUUCGUCCCAGCAAUGUCCCUAUCGACCCCGAGGGUUUGGACAAGAAUGCCUUCCUAUGGGGUGGCACCAAGAUUCUCCAGGUCACUCACGGUAACCCCGACGAAGAGAAACCCAAGCUUGCAUCUGGCGUCCCUGCCCCUCCCGAUGGCGGUGCCAUGGCUCUCGUCAUGAAGACCGGUUUCGAGACAUCCCAGGGAAGCCUUGUCCGCACCAUGAUCUACUCCACCGAGCGCGUUUCUGCCAAUAACUUCGAGGCCCUCUUGUUCAUUCUCUUCCUCCUUGUCUUCGCCAUCGCCGCCUCUUGGUACGUGUGGGACGAGGGUGUCAAGAAGGAUAGGAAACGAUCCAAGCUUCUCCUCGACUGCGUCAUCAUUGUCACCAGCGUCGUUCCCCCCGAAUUGCCCAUGGAGCUCAGCCUUGCCGUCAAUACCAGUCUUGCAGCUCUCGCCAAGCUGGCCAUUUUCUGUACCGAGCCUUUCCGCAUUCCAUUCGGUGGUCGCAUUGACGUUGCCUGCUUUGAUAAGACUGGUACCCUGACUGGUGAAGACCUCGUCGUCGAGGGUAUUGCUGGACUUGGCCUUACCCACCCGCACCUCUCUGGCACCAGCACCCCCCAGGCUUCUGACGGCGCCCACACUCGCAUGAUGGCCGUCAAGGAUGUUAACUUGGACACCACUCUUGUUCUCGCCACCGCCCAUGCUCUUGUCCGCCUCGACCAGGGAGAGAUUGUCGGUGACCCCAUGGAGAAGGCUACCCUCGCUUCCCUCGGAUGGACCCUGGGUAAGAAUGACAUCCUCGUCAGCAAGCCCGCCAAGGGCGCCUCCACUCCAUCUUCGUUCAUUACAGGUACCGUCCAGAUCAAGCGCCGCUUCCAAUUCUCGUCCGCCCUCAAGAGGCAGAGUGCCGUCGCCAGCGUCGUCGGUGUCGAUUCGAGGACUGGCCACAAGAUGCGAGGAACUUUUGCGGGCGUUAAGGGUGCGCCCGAGACCAUCGUGAAGAUGUUGACGAACGUUCCCGAAGACUACGAAGAGACCUUCAAGUACUUUACUCGCAAGGGAUCCCGCGUUCUUGCCCUAGCUUACAAGAUGCUUGCUGUCGAUAACGAACUCGGUGCUGGAAGGAUCAACGACCUCAAGCGUGAGAACGUUGAGGCCGAUCUCACUUUCGCCGGUUUCCUUGUUCUCCACUGUCCCCUCAAGGAGGAUGCCAAGGAGGCCGUCCGCAUGCUCAAUGAGAGCAGCCACCGUGUCGUCAUGAUUACCGGAGAUAACCCUCUUACCGCCGUUCACGUCGCUCGCGAAGUAGAAAUUGUCGACCGUGAUGUACUCAUCCUCGAUGUCCCUGAAGAGAAGGGCCAUCAGCUCGUUUGGCAUAGCGUCGAUGACAAAAUUUGCAUCCCCGUUGACCCCGCUCACCCUAUCGAUCCCGAGAUUCUCAAGAACAAUGAUCUUUGUGUUACCGGAUAUGCUCUCAGCCUGUUUAAGGGACAGCCUGCUUGGAAGUCCAUCCUCCGCUACACCUGGGUCUACGCUCGUGUCUCGCCCAAGCAGAAGGAAGAUAUCCUCCUCGGUCUCAAGGAUAUGGGUUACUACACUUUAAUGGCUGGCGACGGCACCAACGACGUCGGUGCUCUCAAGCAAGCCCACAUUGGUAUCGCACUCCUCAACGGUACUCAGGACGAUCUCCAGAAGAUUGCCGAGCACAGCCGAAACGCCCGCAUGAAGGACGUAUACCAGAAGCAGGUCGACCUCAUGAAGCGAUUCAACCAACCCACUCCCCCGGUCCCUGCCAUGAUCGCCCAUCUGUACCCCCCUGGUCCCACGAACCCCCACUAUGAAAAGGCCAUGGAGCGCGAGGCGCAGAGGAAGGGAGUCACUGUUGAGGAGCUCGCCAGGGCAAACGGCACCGCUAAUAACGCCAUCGAGACCGUCACGAGCCCCGGUGCCCAACGCCUCUUGCAGAACCAGAACCAGACCCCCGCCGACGCUCGAAAGGCCGAGGCCGCGCAGAAAGCUGCCGGCUUCGCCGAGAAGCUCACCUCAGGCAUGUUGGAGGCCGAGCUCGGUGAUGACGAGCCGCCGACGCUCAAGCUGGGCGAUGCCUCCGUGGCCGCCCCGUUCACGUCCAAGCUCCGUAACGUUAUCGCCGUCCCCAACAUCAUCCGCCAGGGUCGUUGCACGCUCGUCGCCACGAUCCAGAUGUACAAGAUUCUCGCCUUGAACUGUCUCAUUAGCGCCUACUCCCUCAGUGUUCUGUACCUCGAGGGUAUCAAGUUUGGUGACGGGCAGUAUACCAUUAGCGGUAUUCUCAUGAGCGUGUGCUUUUUGUCGAUUUCUCGCGCUCGCACCGUCGAGGGUUUGUCGAAAGAGAGACCGCAACCGAACAUUUUCAACUUUUAUAUCAUCGGAUCGAUUCUCGGACAGUUUGCCGUUCACAUUGUCACUCUUAUUUACAUUGCCCAACUCUGUGACAGACUCGAGCCCCGCUCCGGCGAAGUCGACCUUGAAGCAGAAUUUUCCCCCUCCCUCCUCAACUCCGCCAUCUACCUCCUCCAACUAAUCCAGCAAAUUUCCACCUUCGCCGUAAACUACCAAGGCCGGCCCUUCCGAGAAUCCCUCUCGGAGAACCGCGCCAUGUUCUACGGCAUCGUCGGCGUCACUGGCCUCGCCUUCGCCUGCUCCCUCGAGCUCGUCCCGGAGAUCAACGAGCAGAUGAAGCUCGUGCCUUUCACCAAUGAAUUCAAGCAGACCAUGACGGGCGUCAUGAUGCUCGAUUUCGCGGCCUGCUACGUCAUCGAGGUGGUUCUCAAGCGCCUGUUUUCGGAUUACCGCCCCCGGGAUAUCGCUGUGCGGAGGCCCGAGCAGCUCGAGAGGGAAGAGAAGAGGAAGGAGGAGGAGAGGAAGGUGAAGGAGGCUGAAGAGGAGAAGGCGAGGAUGGCGCAGGUGGAGGAGUUUGAGAGGAGGUUGGCGGAGAGGACGGCAAGACUUAGGGCAGUUCGGGAAGGGGCGAGGUGA